AGGCUUGACCCAGAUAUCGCGAGACACAGCAGGCCUCGCGAGAAUCUCCCGCUGUCCCUGACGGGCGUGCCUUCUUUCCAGGGGCAAUGGGAGGGCUGUGGCCUCUCGGAUGGAGGCGCGUCCUGUUCUGUGGCUGGUGUUGGUGCCAUGCUGGGUCCCUGGCCAGGGCCACAGAAAGGGUAAAGCCGUUCUUUAGGCCGGGGUGGAGUGGGGCAGGAGGCGCCGAGAGGGGCCUGAGGCAGUUCGGGACAUGGAAACGCCCCAGCCUGGCCCGGGACCCUGCAGGGCAGCCCCCACGGCGGCCGAAGAGCUCCAACCCUUUCACGCGCGCUCAGGAGGAGGACUGGCGGCCGGGGGACAAACAGGGGGCCACGCAAGCGGCGUCCGUGGGCAUGCUGGGGGCGUCCUAUGCGGCGGUACCCCUGUAUCGUCUCUACUGCCAGACUACUGGACUUGGAGGGUCAGCAGUUGCAGGUCAUGCAUCGGACCAGAUUGAAAACAUGGUGCCUGUUAAGGAUCGAAUCAUUAAAGUUACCUUUAAUGCAGAUGUGCAUGCAAGUCUCCAGUGGAACUUUAGACCUCAGCAAACAGAAAUAUAUGUGGUACCGGGAGAGACUGCACUGGCGUUUUACAAAGCUAAGAAUCCUACUGACAAACCAGUAAUUGGAAUUUCUACAUACAAUGUUGUACCAUUUGAAGCUGGACAGUAUUUCAAUAAAAUACAGUGUUUCUGUUUUGAAGAACAAAGGCUUAACCCCCAAGAAGAAGUAGACAUGCCAGUGUUUUUCUACAUUGAUCCUGAAUUUGCUGAAGAUCCAAGAAUGGUGAAUGUUGAUCUCAUCACUCUUUCUUAUACCUUUUUUGAAGCAAAGGAAGGGCACAAGUUGCCAGUUCCAGGCUAUAACUAAAAUCAACAAUGAAGGCCUGCUUCAAAUUUGUGAUUUUUGAAAAAUCAUGUGUCUUGCCUUCUCAGAUGAGAAUUUUUUUUAAACUUGCUAUAGGGCAAGUAC